UGACUUGUCAAGUGCAAUGGCUGAAAAGAUUAUCGUGCAUGGUAAUACAUCUUGUAAAUUUGUGAUGUGUUUGAAAAUUGAUAAAUAUUUAGCAAUCGCGUAAAGUGUAUUUGAUGUUUCGUGUUCAUUAAAAUUUGUAAUUGCAGUCUAAUGUUACUAGUUUUCUUAUGUUAAACGAAAUCGAAACGAUAUCAAAAUAAAUUUUCCUUAAUCAGUUUUCUAAUAUUCUUAGAAAAAAUAUAAUAAUUCAAUUAUAUUCAUUAAAUACACGGUGAUAUCAUACGGAAUAAUUUUACUUCUAUGUAACUUUUAAUUUUUAUAAAUUUUUAAUAAGUUAUUAGAAAUGGAAUAUUCUGUUCGUCACAAAAUAUGAACAAGGUAUUUCAUGAUUUUAUUUAUUAAUAUAAUCAUUUAUAUAUAUUUUCUUAAAUAUUAUUAAUUAUUGGAAAAAGUUAAGAUAUUUCUGUGGAAAUAAAAAGUCGAUACUAUUAAUAAAGAUUAAAUCUGAGAUAUUGAAGAUCCCAAAAGUUUUUUUUUUUAAUUUGAUAUAUAAUUUUUAUCAAAAUAAAAUUAUACUUUGAAAUUUACAUAAAUUAAUUUGAUUUUAUCAUUAUAUGUACAUAAUUAUAUUAAUUAAUUAAAUACUAUUUUAAUUAAUUAUAAUUAUAAAACAUGAAAUUUUUAUAUAUAAAAUUAAUGGGUUCUAAAACGAAGCAUUAAUAGAAACCAAAGAACAAUAUGAAAUAUCAAUUCAAUAAACACAGGAUGCUAUUGGAUAAAAUGUAUAUAGAAGUCUUCUGAUUGGCUAACAACACGGUAGCUCAUUCAUCCUUUCUCCGUGAAAAUAGUAUUCAGUAUAUCAGUUGCCGGAGUUCAACUCGGAUGUUUUGGCAGCUGAUUUUAUUUCUUGCUUACGUCGAUGGUAAAAAUAUUUUGAAGUUUUAACUAUUCAUGCUAUUUGGGGAAUCGCUUAGUGUCGUGAAUGAAAUUUUGUGAAAUACUAUUGAUAGUGCAAAAUAUAUAAAAUAAACGGAUAUAUAUUAGUGUUUUGAUUACUUAAUAAACUAAAAGAUUUACAAUGGAUUCUGAAGAGGAAACAUAUGAUGAUGUUGAUUCUGGCAAUGAAUCUAGUGGAGAUGAUGUGGAUUUUGCAAUGGAAAUUGAAGCUGGAAAUCCAAGAGAACGAUCAACAGAUGUUGAUGAUUAUCCUUUUGAAGUUUUAUCAACAGAAGAAAUAGUGCAACAUAUGGUUGAUUCUAUUAAAGAAGUUAAUACAGUUGUAGAAAUACCAGCUACAACUACACGUAUUUUAUUAAAUCAUUUUAAGUGGGAUAAAGAAAAAUUAAUGGAACGCUUUUAUGAUGGUGAUCAGGAAAAAUUAUUUGCUGAAGCACGAGUUGUUAAUCCAUUUAGAAAGGGUCCAUUAAUAAAUAGAAAUCAAUCUUCUCAAAGCUCAUUGUCCAGAAGAACUUCAACAAAUGGUACUGAAGAAUGUGGAAUUUGUUUUACGAUUCAACCAUCUGCAAUGAUGACUGGACUUGAAUGUGGACAUCGUUUUUGUACUGGUUGUUGGGGAGAAUAUCUUACAACAAAAAUUAUGGAAGAAGGAGUUGGUCAAACAAUUGCAUGUGCAGCACAUGCUUGUGACAUUUUAGUUGAUGAUGCCAGUGUUAUGCGUCUUGUAAAAGACUCUAAAGUGAAACUGAAGUAUCAACAUUUAAUAACAAAUAGUUUUGUUGAAUGUAAUAGGUUAUUGAGGUGGUGUCCAUCUCCAGAUUGUAAUAAUGCUAUAAAAGUACAGUAUGUAGAAGCAAGACCAGUAACUUGUAAAUGUGGGCAUACAUUCUGUUUCCAUUGUGGAGAAAAUUGGCAUGAUCCUGUAAAAUGUCAUUUAUUACGUAAAUGGAUUAAAAAAUGUGAUGAUGAUUCUGAAACAUCAAAUUGGAUUGCUGCAAAUACAAAAGAAUGUCCAAAAUGUAAUGUUACUAUUGAAAAAGAUGGUGGAUGCAAUCAUAUGGUGUGUAAAAAUCAAAAUUGUAAAACUGAUUUUUGUUGGGUAUGUCUUGGACCUUGGGAACCACAUGGUUCUAGUUGGUAUAAUUGUAAUCGUUAUGAUGAAGAAGAGGCUAAAGCAGCAAGAGAUGCUCAAGAAAAAUCGCGAUCUGCAUUACAAAGAUAUCUAUUUUAUUGCAAUAGAUAUAUAAAUCAUAUGCAAUCAUUAAAAUUCGAAAAUAAACUUUAUGCAAGUGUGAAAGAAAAAAUGGAAGAAAUGCAACAACAUAAUAUGUCAUGGAUUGAGGUACAAUUUUUAAAAAAAGCAGUAGACAUUUUGUGUUCCUGUAGACAGACUCUUAUGUAUACUUAUGUUUUUGCUUAUUAUGUGCGAAAAAAUAACCAAUCUGUGAUUUUCGAGGAUAACCAAAAGGAUUUAGAGGGUACUACAGAACGUCUCUCUGAAUAUCUUGAACGAGAUAUUACAAGUGAAAAUCUUGCUGAUAUUAAACAAAAGGUUCAAGAUAAAUAUAGAUAUUGCGAUAGUCGAAGAAAAGUGCUUUUGGAACAUGUACAUGAAGGUUACGAAAAAGAUUGGUGGGAUUACGUCGAAUAGAAAUCUAAACCAACUUCGUUUUUCGGGCAUGCAAGACAAGAUUUCUCUCUUGACACUUUUGCCCUACCUGUGAUAAAUCAAGAAAGCUGACAGGAAAUAAAAAUAGAGCAUGUCACCAAGUGAUUUACGUGUUAGAUAUACUUUAAAUGUAAUAUGAUCUGUGGCAGCACAUAUAUCGUUAUGAAUUUUUAAAUUUAUUAAAAUUGAAUCCUAUUACCAUCAGGCUAAAUGUAAAAUACUUCCGUAUUAAUUAAUGAUACUAAUUUGCGCUUGCUGUGUGCUAUUUAUCGUUACAUGUUUCGAUCCUUCAUAAACAUGCCUUGCAAUAAUAUUUUCAAGUUUCGAAUGAAUUUUAUAUAUAAACAUGUCGGAUGAUAAACGGUGGUAAAGAAAUCGAACAGUGUGUUGCUGUACUAAACAAAAAUUUAUCAAAAA